CAGCUACACAAUCCAAUCAGUCACCCAUGUCUUUGACGUCUGAUGCCUCAUCACCAAGGUCAUACGUGUCCCCCCGAAUCAGCACGCCGCAGACUAACACUGUUCCACAUAAACCCUUGCUAAACACCACGCCUGUAUCUUCACAGCCAAAGGCCAGUACUGCAGUUGGUGCUAAACAAGGACCAUCUUCACAGACAGUACAACAGCAGUCAUCGACUGCAGAAAAAUCCCAAGGUCAUGAACCUGCCUCCCCCAGAAACCUUCAGCGUCAGAGAAGUGAAUGGAGCCAAGGUGUGGUGCAUAAAUAUAGUCAGAGAAGCCCGUCUCCAAGCCCCAAUCUUGCCUCCAACACUUGUGCAUCAAGCACGUCGUCUGUACAACAGAACUCGUCUGCACGAUCAUCUUCAUCUUCACUGACGCCAACGCUAGCUGCCUACUUCAAUGAAAACCUUAUUAAGCAUGUGCAAGGCUGGCCUGCUGAGCACGCUGAAAAGCAGGCAUCAAGGUUACGUGAAGAAGCCCACAACAUGGGAAGCAUUCACAUGUCUGAAAUUUGCACAGAGUUGAAAAAUUUAAGGUCUUUAGUUCGAGUAUGUGAAAUUCAAGCAACUUUGCGUGAGCAAAGGAUACUAUUUUUGAGACAGCAAAUUAAAGAACUUGAAAAACUUAAAAACCAGAAUUCCUUCAUGGUGUGAGGAUUUUCUGUCUUGCACGUGGACUUUGGACAGUAAAGCAGAGCGAGCCCGGCCUCGACACUUUUUCUGAGCUGCAUAAGAGUACACUUUGGACCGUUAGGCCGGGCAUAUGGACAAUUCAGGGGAGAAGCGGGCCUGGAGGGAGUCAAGGGGGACAAAUACAAGGAUUUGUAAAACCCUCAAUGUAGAAUAUACUUGUAGAUGUAUCCUUCACGUUGUAAAUAUGUUUUGUAGAUUGAAGCCAUGGGACGCCCAUGUUGUAUCAGAGCUUUGACAUCCAAAACUAAUCAAUGCUGAGGUGGUAAAAACCUAGCCUUUUUCAUGUAAGCUUGUCAGCAAAAUUAGCUGUUAUUUUUAUUUUUUUUUCUGUUUAAUUUAUCAUUCAGAAAUCUUGCUUUGUUUCCAGAAAUUAGAUACCAGCACAGAGCAGUCGUAUCUUUGUCCUAAAAUAUCCUCAGCCAUUUUGGGCAACGUACAAAACAUUUGUGCUAGAUGUCACUGUCUCAUCCCAGCCUUGAUUUUUAAGAUCGGUGCUGCAUUAUGGUAUCCCUGCCGGCAUUUCCUGGAAUUGUUCCUCCCAAAUAACAAGAAUUUUUUUUCCCUCCCCCAUGCAUCUCAUUUUUUCUCUCCCCUUUUAUGGCACUGUUGCUAUGGCACUUUUUUUCUAUAUAUUUUUUCAUUCCUCUGUACAGUAGCUUAACAUUGCAGUGAUUGGUCAAGAACCCACUCGUUUGUAUAAAUUAUUGAAGUACCUCCACCUGUGAUGACCGCCGAUCUGCGCACACGACGUGUGCUUGCAGGCACAUUUCUUGCUCAGCCAUGAAUUUACAGAGCAUAAAAAAAAAAGAAAGUCCGUUUUGCCCAGCGUUAAAAUAUACUUCAAAUGGUUGUGUGGGGGAACAGAAGACAACAAGCUAGUCACAUGUGAAUUGUAUCUGUUGUAAUAAACCUGUUUAAAGAGA